UCGAGAAAAAAGCCAAAAUGAAAUCCCAUUUCAAGUCCGAGUCUGAGAAGUCCCGAGGCUUAACGGAGUUUAUGGAACACGUAUUUUCUUUUGCAUAGCUUCGGCGGAAGCUGCUGUACGGUGCUUGUUACGCAUAAUAAGGCUACCCAGAGGUCGGCCGUUCGGUUAGCCGUUCGUUUUUCCUUUUCAAGCUCCGUGAAUGGGCCAGUCAGCUUCGACGGCCGCAAUCCCGAGCCGCGACACUCAUCGAUCCAAGAGUAAAUCAACGGCUAUAAUCUCCCCGAUGGACGCAGAGGGAUCCGAAAGUUCCGGCGAAAUAACCGACGGACCACCUGAUUACAUGCGAGAUCUACCGGACGACUGCUUGGCUUGCAUUUUUCAGUCGCUUAGCUCCGGUGACCGGAAGCGCUGCUCUCUGGUAUGUCGAAGGUGGCUUAGGAUCGAGGGACAGAGCCGUCACCGUCUCUCCCUUAACGCCCAACCAGAUCUGCUUCCGAUGAUCCCUUCUCUCUUUUCUAGAUUCGACGCUGUCACCAAGCUGGCCUUGAAAUGUGAUCGUAGAUCGGUUAGUAUCGGCGACGACGCCCUUAUUAUCAUUUCACUCCGCUGCCGGAACCUGACUCGGCUUAAGCUGCGAGCCUGCCGCGAGUUGACCGACGCAGGAAUGGCAGCUUUCGCUAAGAACUGCAGGGGCUUGAAGAAGCUUUCGUGCGGAUCGUGCGCAUUUGGGGCUAAAGGCAUGAACGCCGUGCUUGACAAUUGCUCGGCACUUGAAGAGCUGUCGGUGAAGCGGCUUCGUGGCAUUGCCGAUGGAGCCGCGGCAGAGCCGAUUGGUCCAGGUGCAGCUGCAUCUUCUCUCAAGACGAUUUGCUUAAAGGAGCUCUACAAUGGACAGUGUUUUGGCCCGCUUAUCAUUGGCGCAAAAAAUCUCAGGACCUUGAAGCUUUUUAGGUGCUCCGGAGAUUGGGAUAAGCUUUUCCAAGCCGUAGCGGAGCGCGUUACAGGUAUGGUCGAGAUCCAUCUCGAGAGGGUACCGGUAAGUGAUUUUGGUCUUGCUGCCAUUUCUAACUGUUUGGAUCUGGAGAUUCUACACCUAGUCAAGACCCUCGAGUGCACCAAUGCCGGGCUCGCGUCAGUGGCGGAGCGCUGCAAGCUGUUGAGGAAGCUUCAUAUUGAUGGAUGGAAGACAAACCGGAUAGGCGACGAAGGAUUGGUUGCAGUCGCAAAACACUGCCCAAAUUUGCAAGAAUUGGUUCUUAUUGGCGUGAACCCCACAAAGUCAAGCUUGGAAAUGUUGGCUUCAAAUUGCCAAAAUCUAGAACGGUUGGCAUUGUGCGGAAGUGAUACAGUUGGUGACCCCGAGAUUUCUUGCAUUGCUGCAAAAUGUAUAGCGUUGAAGAAGCUCUGCAUCAAGAAUUGCCCAGUCUCGGAUCACGGAAUGGAAGCUCUUGCUACUGGGUGCCCGAAUUUGGUGAAAGUAAAGGUAAAAAAAUGUAGAGGAGUUACUUGCGAAGGUGCAGAAUGGUUAAGAUCCAGCAGGGUUUCCCUUGCGGUGAAUUUAGACACUGUGGAGCCUGAACAUCAAGAUGCAAGUACCAGUGAUGGUGGGGUGCAAGAGAAUGGGAUUGAAUUCCCUCCUGUGCCCAGCCAAAUUGCUGCUCCUAGUAUUGCCUCCAGCAGUUCGGGUCGAUCAGCCUCUUUCAAGGCAAGAUUAGGGCUUUUUAGCGGGAGAAGUUUAGUGGCCUGCACCUUGAGAAGGUGGUCAAGUGGUAAAAGCAGUUCCGGAAGUAAUUAGAUACGGAACUGAGAAUGUUGCCCCACAAAAGGAGGAAGGGCGCUCUUGGUCAAAAUCGCUAAAUUGUUUUGUGAUGUAGUAUCUGAUUCUCUCGUUUGUGUAUUUAAUUUGAUGUUCUGUGUGUUGUUUACUUUUUUUUUUUAACUGAAUCAUCCCUGUCUAAAGUGAUAAUAUCUCUCUGCUUUUUUAUAAUUCCCACUCUUUAAGUGUUGUUUCUUUAUUUUCAAAUAUUGCCUUUUGACAGAGUGAAAAACACUAAUAUCUAGUUUAAAUUCGUGCAUUAUCAGUUCUGAUGAUUUUAACCCUGAACUGUGUGAGAUGACAUUGUAGUAGAAGGCAUUGUAAUGCCAUACCAGUGAAGUACUCUGUUAGCGUGUAA